GGACAGAUGUGGAGGCGGCUGUUUCAGCUCAUGCCGAGGUUGCUGAACGAAAAGAGGCCGAAAAAACUUCAGAAACUGCUGGUCAAGGGAUCAUUAUGGGAGAGCCAAGCACAAAAAAGCUGGUAGUCUGUGCUGCUGGAAUAUUCAUCUGCUAUUUUUACUACGGCGUUCUGCAAGAGAAAAUCACAAAAGGGGAAUAUGGAGAAGGAGAGAAACAGGAGAAAUUCCACUUCACAUUGUGUCUGGUGAUGGUACAGUGCAUCAUCAACGCUGCUUAUGCUAAGAUUGCAAUGUCGUUUUUCCCCAAAGAGAGAGACUCGACCAACAAAGGCCUUUACGCUGCGUGUGCCUUCACAUACCUGGGAGCCAUGCUGGCCAGCAACCACGCUCUUCAGCACGUCACUUAUCCCACACAGGUGCUGGGCAAGUCGAUCAAACCGAUCCCCGUGAUGAUCCUGGGGGUUCUGUUUGCCGCCAAACGCUACCCGCUGGCCAAGUACCUGUGUGUGCUGCUCAUCGUGAUGGGCGUCGGGCUGUUCAUGUACAAGGAGAAGAGAUCUUCCCCGCAACCCGAGGACCACCACAUACUGGGCACUGGGGAGGUGCUGCUGCUGGUGUCCUUGACCCUGGACGGGCUGACGGGCGCCUCCCAGGACCGGAUGAGGUCACAGUACAAGACAGGCGCCAACAACAUGAUGUUCUUCGUUAACCUCUGCUCCGUCAUCUAUCUCUCUAUAGGUGUGGUGAUCACCGGCGAGCUGUUUGAGUUUGUGGCGUUUGCCAACCGCUAUCCGUACGUCUUGUUCAACAUGAUCAGCUUCAGCUUGGCCUCCGCUGUUGGGCAGAUGUUCAUCUUCAUCACUGUGACCACCUUCGGGCCGCUGACAUGUUCCAUCGUAACGACGACGCGCAAGUUCUUCACCAUCCUGGGCUCGGUCAUCAUCUUCCAGAACCCGAUGUCGGGCCGCCAGUGGCUGGGCACCUCGCUCGUC